UGAUAGGUAUGUACAUGAAGUACCUGAUGGUGUGGCAGCAGAACCGACACAUCCGUGACGAGCGCGUGGACACGGUGAAUCGGUGGAGCUGUAUGGCCGGCCUUGUCAUCUGUCUCGGAGGACUCAUCGUGGCGUUGUCGCCUACGGGACACCUGCGCAAGGAUUGCACCUGGUACCCGCAAGGAAUGCUCAGCGCUGUCGUAGCUGAGUGGUUGAUGGUGUUCAUCUUCCAGUCCUACGUGCUGACGUACAUCCCGGAUUUCCGCAAAGCGACGUUUGUGCUCGACGUGAACCUCAGCGGAGUGUGUGAAAAGAAGGAAUAGAAGCAGUGCGUGUGAAAAGACCUUAGGACUUUUGUUUACAAGAACUUAUGAGGAGCAUAGACUCGUUGAUGCCUGUGCUGACCAUCGGUGGUAUGAGUGUGGAGAAUCUAUUCUACCUCGUAAUCUUUACUAUAUUUUUACUUAUCGAGGCAGACAAAUGCUACUGACAUUGUAUUAUUUUAAACACUUCUUAUGCCAUCAUUUUUGCAAAUAAAUAUUCAGACAAAUAUCA